UUGUUUUAUAGUGCGUGUGUGUGGAGUUUUCAUGCGUCACCAUUUUUCACAAUUCUCACGGUAAUUAGCGAGAAAAUCCGGAUUUUCUUUCAUUUAACAGCAGCAGUGUCGUUGUCUGAAGGUGUAGUCGCAGGAAAUCAAGGGAAAUCCGCAGGAUCUCAGCAGGAAAAUGAGUGGGAAUGAGGCAACAGAGAAGGACGCUGUGCAGUACGAUUUUUCACAAUUUCAGCUAGACAGAAUUCUCAAUAGUAAUUCCGGGAGUAAAACCGUGUCCCUGCUGGGGCGCUUCAAGAAUCUGUCACAGGAGAAGCGGGCGAUUGUGAUUCUGGAGAAGAAAGCCUUCACUGAGGCUGAUCUAACCUCAAAGACGGGCUUCUUCAGUGACUCAACAACUCUCCGGAAGGAGUUUGUGAAUGAUAUUUACGGGAACUUUGAGUGUUUCCCUCGUCCGGAUAUCAAUAGUGUGAAGACAACGGUGAUUUAUCCGGCAACUGAGAAGCACAUUGAGAAGUACUCGAAGCAGGAGAUUCACAUUGUCCAGGAGACGCCAGAGCUGUACAGGGAGUUGACGCUGAAGCAUCUGGAGAAGGAGCAAUUCUCCCUCGAGUGGCUGUACAACAUUUUGGAGCACAAGAAGGAGAAGGAUCGCAUUGUGUUUGAGGACGCGUGCGAGGAGACGGGAUUUAUCCUGCUGCCAGACCUCAAGUGGGACAACAAGACCGCUGAGACACUCUACUGCUUGGCCCUGGUGAGGAAGCGUGGCAUUAAGUCCCUGCGCGAUCUCAAUGCGAGCCACUUGCCGCUGCUGCGGAAUAUCCUGACGAAGGGCGUGGCGGCAAUUGAGGAGAAAUAUGGUGUCGCACGCUCUCAGCUCAGGAUCUACUUGCACUACCAGCCCUCCUUCUACCAUCUCCAUGUUCACUUCACCUACCUAAAGCACGACGCGCCGGGAAUCUUCUGCGAGAAGAGUCACCUGCUGGACAGCGUGAUCAGCAACAUCGAACUGAUGCCGGAUUACUAUCAGCGAGCCACGCUGUCCUUCGUUGUGCGCCAGAACGAUCGCCUCUGGGAUGACUUCAGGCGUGAUUCGGACUGUCGCAAGUCCCUCAAGCGAGAUUAG